AUGGCUCACCCAAAAGCAACGGGGCCAACACCUCGUCUCACGUCGAUAUCACACCAAUCCGACAACACACCAGAGGCAUACCGUUCCAUCUCUCAUGUGUCGGGCCACGACUUGCAACCCCAGGCCUUGACGGCAACUGUCGACGAAGACACAUCCGAAAUCUACAAUCGCCUCUCGCCACGUCGCAAGACCAUUAUUGUAGCGGUCCUCUCGUUCUGCGCCUUCCUCUCCCCCAUUUCUAGUACUUCCAUACUCGCCGCUACUCCCGAAGUAGCAAAGGAAUACGACACGACGGGGUCCGUCAUCAACGCCUCCAACGCGGGCUACAUGGUCUUCAUGGGCCUGUCGCCCAUCAUCUGGGGUCCCAUGAGCCAGGUGUUCGGACGGUGGCCCGUCAUCAUGUUGACGGCAGUGCUAUUUUUCCUUCUGAGUCUAGCGACUGCCCUGGCGCCGAAUCUGGUGUCGUUUUUUGUAUUUCGUGCACUCUCCGCGUUUGAGGGAACGGCCUUUAUUCUAUUGGGGAGCGCGUGUCUGGCCGACAUAUAUCGUCCUACUGAACGAGGUACAGCCAUGGGCUGGUUCUUGUCUGGCACUCUCAUUGGGCCUGCUAUGGGUCCAUUCAUAGGCGGUAUCAUCGUUACAUUCUCGUCGUGGAGGUCGAUAUUCUGGCUGCAAACUGCUCUUGCGGGGACCGGUGUCCUCGGCGUCUUCUUCCUGGUUCCCGAGACUGCGCAACACAAGAAGAUCACCGAGUUGGAACAUUUGUCUAGAAAAGAACGGCUCAGAGCAAUAAUGCACAUGAUCAGUCCCAUUCGAGUGCUGAAACUGUUUCGGUAUUGGAACCAGGUUCUGGUGGCAUGUGCCAGUUCCGCCUUGCUCUGGAACAUGUACAGCUUGCUUACACCCAUUCGAUAUGUCCUUAACCCGCGGUUUCACCUGGAUUCCCCAUUGUUGGGUGGGCUGUUUUAUCUUGCCCCCGGAAUGGGAUAUAUACUUGGAACUUUCAUGGGGGGUAGGUGGGCAGACCGGACAGUUAGAGUAUGGGUUAAAAAGCGCAAUGGAGUUCGUGUUCCAGAGGAUCGACUACGCUCAGCUGUUCCCUUCAUGGGUCUCGUGAUGCCGGCUUGUGUUCUGAUAUACGGCUGGACGGUGGAAAUGUCUGUGGGAGGGAUCCCUGUUCCAGUCAUUGCCUUGUUCGUGCAAGGCAUCGCGCAACUCUUCAGUUUCCCAUCACUGAACACGUAUUGUCUCGAUGUGAUGCCAGGACAGGGAGCUGAAGUCGUUGCAGCCAAUUACUUUGUGAGAUAUCUGGCGGGUUGCAUGGGCACGGGGGUGGUACUACCUGCGAUUCAGGGUGUUGGAGUCGGCUGGUUCUCUACCAUUUCGGCCCUGUUUCUGGGUGCAUCUACCAUCGGUGUCAUGGCCGCCAUCAGAUGGGGAGAGUCGUGGAGAAAGGCGACUGAUGCCAAGUUGGAAAAGAGGUUGCAGGACGAUGCCUCAAGAGGGCAGGUGCUUGGGGAGCCAGAGCGUGAACCAAAGGAUACGCCGGCAAAGAAUGGCGUGCUAGAUGAUAGACAGCCAGCAUAG